AAACAUAAAACAGUAUCCAGAAACUUUGGUCCAGACUUACCAAAUGUACACAGAUUUGAAUGAUCUUUUCUAAAACUCUUCCUUCAAGUUCUUCUGAAAAGACAUCUAGUUUUACACAUAGAUAGAUAAUAUAUAUCAUCAAUACAUAGACAAAUAUAUUUUGCUUUCUUUUACCUUUUAUAUGAUAUGUAUGAUAUGAUAUGAUAUUUUAUAUGAUAUUAUAUGAGGUGGAUGAUAUGAUCUGAGAGAUCUUCCAAAAGCAUACACACUCAAUAUGAUGACUUUGGAUGAAAAUAAGAAGUAGAAGAGGAAGUAGCAUGGACUGAGAUAUGUAUUUUGUUUGCAUCAUGAGACCCAAGGACACUAUGUCCAUUUACAACACCACAGUCUUCAUGCCUUCUGAGUUCACACUAAUAGGGAUCCCAGGCCUAGAGUCUGUGCAGUGCUGGAUUGGGAUUCCAUUUUGUGCCAUGUAUCUCAUGGCUAUGAUUGGAAACUCCUUGCUUCUCAUUAUCAUCAAAUCGGAACACAGUCUCCAUCAGCCCAUGUACAUUUUUCUAGGCAUGCUAGGAGUCACAGAUAUUGCUCUCAGCACAAGAAUUGUGCCCAAGAUGCUUGGAAUCUUCUGGUUUCAUGUAACAGAGAUAUAUUUUGAUUGUUGCCUGCUUCAAAUGUGGCUCAUUCACAUAUUUCAGGGCAUAGAGUCAGGCAUCUUGCUGGCCAUGGCUCUGGACCGCUAUGUAGCCAUCUGUUAUCCUCUCAGACAUGCUGCCAUCUUCUCUCACCAGUUAGUCACUCAAAUAGCAGCUAUGGUAACACUCAGGGCUGCCAUUCUUGUAGCACCAUGCCCAGUACUGAUAAAGUUUCGAUUACAAUUUUACCAUACAACAGUCAUCUCUCAUUCCUACUGUGAACAUAUGGCUGUUGUGAAACUGGCUGCAGAAAAUAUCAGGGUCAACAAAAUCUAUGGUUUGUUUGUGGCCUUCACUGUUGCUGGGCUUGACAUUGUAUUAAUCACGUUGUCCUACAUACAGAUAUUCAUCACAGUUUUUUGUCUGCCUCAGAAGGAGGCUAGGUUGAAAGCAUUCAACACUUGUGUCGCUCACAUCUGUGUCUUCCUCCAGUUCUACUCCCUUGGUUUCUUCUCCUUCUUUGCACAUAGAUUUGGUUCUCACAUCCCUCCUUAUAUUCACAUCCUCUUUUCUAGCACUUAUCUGCUAGUCCCUCCAUUUCUCAAUCCACUUGUCUAUGGUGCAAAGACCAAGCAGAUCUGUGUCCAUAUGGUAAAAAUAUUUUGUUCCAAAAAUUUACUGUGA